AUGACCUCCGAUAGUAAUAAAGCUUCAAACGAUCUUUCAAGUGAACACAUCAAUAACAAGGAAAGCGAAAAUGCCCAUUGCAUACAGCUUAUGGAUCGAAAACAGGAGAUCACAGAAAGCUUGCAAAACAACAACAUAGAUCCUUGCAUUCUCCCACAACUCACAAGAUCAGACAUAAACUGGUAUCGUUUAAAAUUUCAUGAAAAUCUAUUACUUAAUAUUCUACAAAAUGGUUAUCAUAAAACAUAUUCAGAACUAUUCAAUUUAAUUGAUUAUGAAGAGAAACGACGUAUUAAUGCAGGGAUUUCAUCACCAUAUUGGACUAUUCAACCAUUGACUGAACGACAUCAAUUACUUUGUGAAAUGAUGACACAUUUAAUGAAUGCAGAGAAUUUUAAUCAUUCUAAUCAAAUUGAAGAAGUAUAUAAAGAGAAUUUAUACUUGGCAGGAUUAUUUCAAUCAAAUAUCAAUGAUCAUUGGUUAUUAGAUAUUUAUUUACAAAAAUGUUUAAAAAUUGUAAAUAAAGGUUAUCUUGCUAUAAAGAAUGUGAUAACAACUAAAUUACAAAUGAAUAAUAUUGAUAAAAUACGAUUGGAUAACUUAACUGAAAUAAAACAAACACUUAAAAAGAGGUUAUUUGAAGCAAUCUAUCAUAAUGCUACAUAUUUAUUUGAAACAGAAAAACAUAAAAAUAUUUUACAACCAUCUAUAAAUCCAUUUGACAAACAACAAAUCAAUAUACCAUUGUAUAUUGUAUGUUAUGAACAAAUUUGUCGAAUCAUUUUAACAAUUUAUCAACCAAAUAAAGAAUAUCAAAUGGAUGAAUUAUUGUUAAAUUUAAAUGAAGCAUUGAAAUAUGCUGAAAAAUCGGAAAAUCAAAAACUUAUAGGAUUAUGUAAUAAACAAAUUAGUCAAGUAUAUCAGGUCCAUAAAGAAUAUCAAAUGGCUCAUAAACUUGCAGAACAAUAUUUCGAUAUAGCUGAAAGAUCCAAUGAUAUUUUGGAGAAGAUUGAAGCAUGUAAACUACUGGGGAGUAUAAAUGAAAAUUUAUCUAAACUAGAUGAAGCUGAACAAAAUUACAUAACUAUUAUUGAAUAUACAAAAUUAUUACAUAAUAAUAAUACAGAGAAAUUAUCUGAAGCCUAUGAAUUAUUAGCUAAAUUUUAUAUAUUCAAUACAAAUAAAUAUGAUUUAGCUAAAUUAGCUUCUGAAAAUGGUUUAAAUUAUGCUCAAAUAAAUGAAACUAUUAUUUAUAAUCAAUUAAAAUUAUGGUAUUCAAUAUCAAAAUCGAAAUUAAUGGAACCGCAUUAUUUAAAUAUGAUUAUAGCUGCACAAUGUAAUUCCACUGAUAUGAUUGAUUUAAUUAAAUGGAAAGAUACACAUUAUAAUUUACCAACAUUUGAUAAAGAUCAUUUUCGAGAAGUAACAUAUGAUAGUUUUACUAAGAAACGAAAUGAGAUAAAUCAAUCAAAUUCAACUCAUACUUUGAAUUCCUAA